AAUGGGUGAGGCAAGAGAGGAGGUAAUUCUUCUAGACUUUUGGACUAGCAUGUAUGGCAUGAGGGCAAGAGUUGCACUAGAAGAAAAAGAAAUCAAGUACGAGCACAAACAAGAGGAUCUAAUUGGCAACAAAAGUGAGUUGCUCUUGAGGAUGAAUCCAAUUCACAAGACAAUCCCGGUUCUGAUUCACGAUGGAAAACCCGUUUGUGAAUCCCUCAUUGCAGUGGAAUACAUUGAUGAGGUGUGGAAAGGUAAAGCUUCACUCUUGCCUUCUGAUCCUUAUGAGAGAGCUCAAGCCAGGUUUUGGGCUGAUUUUCUUGACAAAAAGGUUUAUGAAUACGGUCGUCAAGUCACCUGGUCAAGAAAAGGAGAAGAGCCAGAAGCAGCAAAGAUUGGCUUGACAAACUCCAUUAAGACGCUGGAGGAGGAAGCCCUUGGAGACAAACUUUAUUUUGGGGGUGACAAGUUCGGGUAUCUUGACGUUGUUGUCAUUGGACUCUGCAGUUGGCUACACACCUAUGAGAUUAUCUGCAACUUUAAUGCGGCGACUGAGUGCCCAAAGCUGGUGGCAUGGGCUAAGAGAUGCAUGGAAAGGGAUAGUGUCUCCAAGUCUCUUCCUGAACCCAAGAAGCUCUAUGAAGCCAUUUUGGGAUUUAAGAAGGUUUUUGGACUUGACUAAAUGUGAAGAAGAAUUAAUGGU